GAAAACAAAACCAGAGCCACCACGUGUGUUAAUCAAAAAAGAAUAUUUCAUUCCUAUGCUGCUCUUCCCUUUCCUUGUUUUGGUAAUUCGAUUUUUUUGGGUCUCCAAGACAUCUGCCCUUUCUAUCCAAUCAUCGACUUCCCACUGAUUCAUUCACCCUUGAUUUCACACCGUUUCCAAGAUUCAUCCAUGAAUAGAGACGGUCAUACUUGUCAAUAGUGACUAGAAUUGUAUUGAAAAAUGGACGGGAACCAAACCCAAGUGAAGUGAAAUUACCGUGAUGCUCGCAAUGUGCUUUUUCCCGGUUGUUGAUAUUUAGAUAUAAAACAGCUGAGAAUCAGGAACUUAGGUCUUGCUGCUAUGCCUUCAUCUUUUCUGGCUCUUACUUCUUUUAAAGACAAGUAUUCUACUUCGCCGAGUUCUUUUCAGGUUUCCUCAGGAAGGGAAGUGAUGGAGAAUUCUGCAUCGCUUCAAGAAUCUUCCUUAGCUCCCAGCAAUGGUACCCUUGGGAAUUCGUCUUUGUCCCCUUCCAUAGUCACCGACCAUAUGUGUGCCUCAGCUCUACCACAUGUUCAAUAUUCUCACAAUCCCGCAUUCAUUUCCCAGUCAUCAAGGGAUUUAGCAUCUUUGCCACCACUAGGUGCUUCUUUUUCACAGUCCACAGCUUCACUUAUUCACACACAAGGAAAUAAGGAUGUUUCUUGGAGUUUAGACCGGCUUCAAAUGUUUCUCGAUUUGCCUGAAAAUACUCCAGCUCCAAAUCAACUGGUGGAAAGCAGCACCGGUGUCUUGGCAUCUGAGGAUCACAACAAGAAAACUAAUUGGCAGGAAUGGGCGGAUGAUUUGAUCAAUGUUGUGGAUCCAGACUGGAGUAAGAUUCUUGAUAAUACCAAUGUCUUAAACCCCAGAGUGGAGGUGCCAAAACCUUCUGGAGAUAUCUCAAAGCAACAGCCUCAGUUUCAUCAGAAUCAACUUGUGCCACAUGGAGAAUUUUCUAGCCAUGCUUACCCAUCAUCCACUGCUCCUCCUACAAAGCCUCGUAUGCGUUGGACACCUGAGCUUCAUGAGGCCUUUUUGGAAGCUGUUAAUCAGCUGGGUGGCAGCGAACGAGCUACUCCGAAAGGCAUCUUAAAACUUAUGAAUGUUGAAGGCCUAACAAUCUAUCAUGUUAAAAGUCAUCUGCAGAAAUAUAGAACGGCCAGAUACAUGCCAGAAACAUCAGAAGGAACAUCAGAGAAAAGAAUCACUUCAAUCGAGGAAAUGAAAUCGAUAGACUUGAAGACGAGUAUAGGAAUUACUGAAGCACUGCGAUUGCAGGUGGAAGUUCAGAAGCAGCUCCAUGAACAACUUGAGAUUCAGAGAAAUUUGCAGCUACGAAUCGAAGAACAAGGGAGGUAUCUGCAAAUGAUGUUUGAGAAACAAAAAAAGGUGGAGGAUGAAAAAGGUGGGGUUCCCUCUUCUGCCUCGGAUGACCUUCUUGCACCAUUACCAGGCUCAAAGCAUCCACCUUGCAACAACGGUAAAUCAGAUUCAGAAGCUUUAGAGCAAGAUCACUCAAGAACCGGGAUUGGUCCAGGAAAUGCUGGCACUAACGAGGACAAAAGCUCCUCAGGUGUAAGCACGAAGCAGAAGAUGCUGGAAACAGAAUCGACUGUCCAUGAUGAGUCCGGUUUCUCAGUCUCAAAACGUGCAAGAACAGAGAAAUAGCAGGAUUCUUAGACUUUUUAACAUCUGAUAAAUAAUCUUUUGUAGACAACAUAUCUCUGCUCCUGGAGAUGAUGUUGUUAAUACAGAUAAAUAUGCUGAUAGAAACCAGUUGUUGAAACAUUACAUCAUACAUCCAUCUUUAUGUGUAUUUCUCUAACAUUUGACCACAUGCAAUAUAUUCUUUCAUUUUGAAAGAAUUGUAAGCUA